GGGUUGAUAGAAUUAUAAUGGAAACAGAGUCAUUUAAACAGAUGCUGUGUUAAUCUGUGGAUAUCAGUGCAGAGCUCUUUAAUGAUGGAGCAUCUCAGACAGCAUGAGGAGGGGGGCAGUCGAUUAGUCAUCCAACAUCUAAAAACAUCUUGCUGCACACAACUUUCUUACAUGAAUAACUUGAGUUUUGAAUAAUAGGUGAAUCCUCAGCCUCUCUUCUCCUCCUCAGACGCAGAUGCCUCAGUGUUCUUGCAGGCCAUCAGCAUCCUGACCUUCACUUCUAAUGAGAUGUACUUCCCAGGCAGGAAAUUUGAGCCAGACGCAGCACCGCCCUGAUAAAAAUCUGAGCGUGAAAUAAAUUCAGACCUUCAGUGGUGUAUGUGAUAUGCUUGAAUCUGAAUGCCAGCGUGAUUAUGAGCUUACCAGGAUUCGAAUUUGCCUGCCCGCCAUAACCCCAUUUACUAAUCCUGCAGAAUGCAUGAAAAUGCUCACCGACUAGCUAUCUGUAAUUAUGACUAAAAUGAAGAGUUAGGAUUUAAAAUGGUCAUAUUGUUCCAGGCCAUUAGCAGUGACUGAAUCAGGCUUUCUGAGAAUGAAGGGCAGAAAUAUUAAAAGGGCACCAGCUGCAUGACAUGAGUAGGGGAGUAGGGUUAAAGAAAUGUGGUGCUCUUUUUUUAAUGUUAUUUCUCAUACCACAGCUGAGGUAGGAUAUGAAAUAGGGAGAGCCGAGGGUGAGGGAUGACAAGUAGUAAAACGUAAACUGCAAUUAUUCUCUUCAGCACCAAAUCAAUGCCUCUAUUAUGACUCAUUUUCUGCGAUGUGCUGCACAUUUUUUGGCAUUGAUUAUGGCACAACAUGACAUUUUCUUGCAUAUUUACCUCUCUGUGACUUCAUAUAUUAUACCCAUUGGCAUAAUUUGCCAUUGGCACCUUUUUCUCACACAGCCAGAGUUUGCCAGCAUUCAGAGGUGAUGCUGCUGCUGCAUCAGCAUGCCUCAAACAGAGAUGAGCUAUGGCGUCUGCUGAAUAGAUAAAGACUGUCGUGUCUCCACCGGGCGCCUUGCAUAACACUGAGAGAGGAUAAAAACAAAUAAGAAGUGACAUACUCUCUCUCUGGUGCUCUCCUAUUGAGCAUGCGAAGGAGACAAUGUUGCCAGAGGAAAUAUAAGAAUGUAAAUGACUCCACAGUAACUCCUUGAUGGUCACAUUGUGUUACAGCCCUGCCUGAAGCCUUAAGUGUGUGCUUGGCCACAGUUUCCCUCUGCACUUGACCUUUUAUUUUUGGCAAUCCUGUUCCUGGGGGCCACUGAUAAAGAGGGUGUAGCAGUAUAGGGGAGAUAACAUACAACCCACAAACAGGCAUAACUCAGUUUUCUGGCUCCCACGGGGGUUUGCAUUUUAUUAUGAGCCAUUACAAUGCAAGAAGGAUCGUCCACGGAAUGUAAAUUCAAAGGCUCUUCAUUCUUUCAUUCAUUAUGUCGUGCAAUAUGUCAGCGUCCAACCCCCAAUCUGAUUACUGUGCGCUCCACUUGCACCUGCGCCCGUGCGAAAGGGCCACACCUGACCAAAUAAGGACAUGUGAGAGACCCUUGCUGGGAUGACGUUGGCCGUGAAAUGGGGGAGAACGGGAGAGUAGUGUAGAAGGAGACCUAUAAACCGGAGGGGGGACACCGUCCUAAUCUGGUUACAUAAGAGGCCAUUGAAUUUGCAGAGAGUCUCUGCACUAAUCCGCUGAACCAUUCAUGUUCAAGCGUCCCGCGGUAGUAUAACGUACACGGGGAGCACACAAACUCGUGCGCGCACACUUGUGGCUCCAGAAUUACAGAGGCGCGUGAAACUGGAUAAAGCAGCAGAUUGCCAUAUCUCGGAGGUUGGUUCAGAUCUAUACGCAUCUCUGCAGAAUGCAUCACGUUGCAAACCCAAACUGGCGGCUUGCUGUGCUGUUCGCGCCCGUGACGAUACCGCUGACGCGCCACUAGCCGCACCACCCAGGAGACAGAGAGGAGUGGAGAGGAGGAGAGGAGGAGAGAACUGUGAGCGACGGACCGAGCAGGGGACUGACUGACUGGAAACCGGUCUUUCUUCCUCUUUCUUCCCUUCUUCCCUCGUUGACCAGCGUGGACAUAAACCCUGCGUUUGCGCAAACCCCGUGGACAAUAAGCGUCUGACCAGUAGCAUCAUCAUCAUCCAGACUUUUCUGCAGAGAUGGAUGUACCAGGCUUUGCGCACAACAUCACCAGUCCAUUAAGUCCCUGCGAGGGCAUGAUCAAGGACCUCAGCUUGGACGCCAUACAGUUAUGCGAACGAGAUGGUAAGGGGAGGUUUGUCUGCAUUUCAUUUGGACGUAAAGACAUUUGCGCAUGAUAUCGGUGCACUACGGGCCUAUAUAGUGCCACUGCAACGUACCCAGUCUGUUGUACCCGUAUUGUGUGUUCAGAGGGAGUAGGGGCUGCUCGUUCUGCCGGUUUCUUACAGAUAGAUGGAUGCACAGGGGGGAUGGAUGGCGCGCUUGUGCGUGUGUGGAAUAUCUGAGCGUCUUCUUGUGACACUGGGGUGAAGUCCAUUCAUAACUGAGCUGUCAGUAGAGAAUAAAUGCGUGUUCCUGCACACUGAGCAUGCACAGGCGAAUAAACAUGAUUGGGUUAUUAAAUGGAUGCAUUUCAGCACCACAGAUAUGGACAGAGACCGGCAGACACCCCGCCUUUAACCGCUGCCUCGUUGCUGUAUCUAAGGGAGUUGGCUUAAUCAAUCUAUCUGCACAUGCUGCAUUACACCCUGUGCAUUUGUGUGGUUGCAAAUGAUCAUUCUGAAUGUUUCAGCCAAUCCUAAACUUACAGAAAACUCUCCACCUGCGUUUGAAUUUUUAAUUCAUCAAGUCAUGCAGCUGCACCCAUGCUGUAGCCUGGGGUUCACCUCUACUAAUUCAGAAGUUUCCUUAUUAUUUACUAUUGAAAAAAGCAAAGUCGUGAAUUUAAUUACACAUUAGAAGUCUUUGAAUAGCUGAUCUUCAAAUGUCAUUAAGAGUAAACAGAUUUUGCAUGAGCAGGCUUCAACCUGAUGCGAAUUUAAUGGGAGGAAAAAAGCAAGUCAUCAUCAGGAGAGAAUGAGUCUCAAACAUGGCUGCACCCACGUGUGUGCACAGGCUGUGCAGCCUUACACACCCAUCAGUGCAAUUACACACAUUCGAUUUCACAUCUGAGUCCAGAUGCAUUUUCACAGAGUUCCUUUUGUAAUUAAGAUUUUUGAUUAACCCUCAGCCAUGGCAAUGGCAUCAGGGUCACACCUUUUUCAUAGCUGAGCGGAUUUAAUUUGAGUCUCUUCACAGACUGCCUUGAUCUGUAUUUGGACUGACUGCUAUGAAUCAAUGGUGUGUCUUCAAAAAGGCCCCAAAAGACCCCCUGCACUUGAUCACAGAGAAGCCUUUGUAACACACUGUCUCAUUUUCAUCUGCCCCUGCUGCUCCUUCUUAAAAUGUAAUGCAGUCGGACGCAAUUUAUAUCCUCUUAGUGCUCUGCUGGCCUGAUUCUAAACUGUAAUUUUAAUAAUGGCUGUAUCGGCCAGGGCUGGUCUCUCUCUGUAAUGGACCCCAUGUCAUCUCUGUACUUCCUCUGCAGCAGCAGCUUUACUGGAAUGCUUUUAUUUUGAUAAGCCUGAUCCUUGCAGCCCAACAGCCACUUCCCUAUUGAAGGAGUUGAAGUCUCUCAACCAGUGUAAAUGGUGCUUCUGUGUCCUUGAGACACCCACAUGCUCUGUUUAUGGUGCAACACACUGACAAAGUCCACCUUUGUGUAGAUUCGGAGGAGUAAAUAGCUUGCAUAGUAGUGUCUGGAUUUGUAACCUCAGAUAAUCCAUGUGCUAAAGACAGAGACGCUUCAAUUGUCAUCUAAAUAAUUUCUGUUAAAAACAUGCUUAUGCCAUUAAAUCUGGUCAUGUCUUCUGUAAUUUGGCAAAAAAAAAAAAAAAAAAAAAGUCUAAAAUGUGUGUAUAAAUAAUUCAAAAAGCAUUUGAUGAUAGAUCCCAAAUGUAAUUGUGGUGUUCAGCACUUUUUUUUUUAGUUUGUUUCUUACUUCAAAAGACAAAAAAUCUAAAAAAAAAAAAAAAAAUUCUCGCUAAACCACUUUGCAGAAAAUUGAGCACUGAUCAUGUUCUCAGAAAUGGACUCUUCUAUUGUUAUGCAAGUUUUUCCAAGGACGGUAUUCAUUUCAAUACAACAGUCUUCUAAAUUUAACUCCCAUAUCCAUUAAUAUUUAAUUGCCAGCAUGAGAGGCUUAUGUGCCUAUGCUGACCCAGCAAAUGGGGAUGCAUGCAGCCUACAAAUGUCUGUGGGAAAAAGCUCUCUGUCUCCCGCUCUCUCUCACGAACACACACUCACACAUACACAAACACACAUACUGAGGACUAUUUGAGCAUUUUAGUUCUCAAAGAAGUGGUGAAACACAAGUUGUUUUGUGUCCCCUGAGUUGAGGGAGUGUAACAGCCUUAAUGGUUCAGUGUAGUGAUGGGGUUGUGACAUGAAUGAGUGUUUUGCUCAGAGUGAUGAGUAAUGGGAAGAUUAAAGAAUAGGCUCCUGUGAAUAAGAGGUCUCUGUCACUUGUGUGUGCAGGUCUGACAACACCGACAACCGCUGCCAAAUUUGCUCAGCCUCUGCAAAGCUGACUUGGACCGUCAUUUUGAUAUGCACAGUUGAUGUGCAUUAACAGGGGGUAAUGAAAAACAUGCAACAUGCAGUGCAGGGCCUUUGCGCUGUUGUCACUGACACAAUUAAGUUGCAUGAUGGAUCGAAGCAAGUACUGUGUCUGAAAUGUCCCUGCUGGAAAUACUGCGGCUCUAGCUGUGACAGCCUCUUGAAGUGUACGCCUUGUAAUGACAGACAGAUACAUAAGAAUCCAUCUCCUAAAGGUGCCUUAACAUUGUCACUGCCUGUCAAAUACAGGAGAAAAGCCCCCUCAGUGUUGAGCCUACCAAUUACUAGUCAGCAGCAGGAUUUUUCUUGGAUUGCUGUGCCUCUGCACUGAAAUAAAAAGCUUGCUUUUCAAUCCUCAGUAGUGCCGAAAACAUGAUUGAAAAUAUAACUUCGCAAGAUCAAAAAGAUAGUGGGAGACUGACUGUGCAGUCUGCUUUUUAUUCUUAAAUGUGCCACAUUUCCGACCCUUUGACUGACAAAAUGGAUCUGAUGGCAAUACUAGUCUGUUUGUCCUUCACUUUCUCCAUCCAGACUAUAUGAACAACUACUGAAUGAGCACCUUUGGUUGGGGUUAGGGUUCUGUUGUAGACAAUCUACUGACUAUUCUGUUUUCCCUACUAUCGUUCUGAUGUGGCUAGCUUUGCUGUGUUUGACUGCUAUUUAUGCUGAUUGUUGAAUAUGGCCAAAUAUCACUACCAACCCAGAAUACCUUGUUUUGUUCUGUCAUUGAGUUUAACUGUUUUUUUAUUCAAUAACCUACUUUGUUAACGUUAGCUGUCUUAUGAAGCACAGUAUGCUCAUGUAAACGUAGAUGGUGAGCUACAUUACAUAAGAAAUAUGAGCAUCUUGACACUGAUAUGCUAGCAUGUUGUUAGUAGCAUUAAGCUGGUAGUACCAUUAUGUUAAGGUGCAGCUUCUCUAAGCUGCUAUUAUGGCUCUAGACUCCAUCUGUUUUCCAUAACAACACAAAGCUUAUGACAUACAGUCUGAGUAAGCUGGCAUUUCAGUUUGGCGGGCAUUCAAUGCGAACAGUUGUGUGUCAUGACUGUGCUGGCAAUUGUUUAAGGUACAUGUUGCACAGUUGCUUAUCAGCUGCUGAAUAUUUUCUCUUUGCUGUUUCAAACAGACGAAUGUGGGAUUGAUUUUAGUUUGUUUUGACCCUUAAAAGUGCACCAUGUUUAUUCUGUUUACGCAGCAUCAAUGCCUGAUUGUUGAGGAAUUUGAAACAGAAAUUCAAGACUUGUACUGAUUGAAAGAUUGUACAGCAAUCUGUUGUUUGGGAAUUUAAGUUCUCUGUAAAUGGGAAACAAUGAGUCACUCCUGUUAUGAAUAGCUUUAGAAAAACAGAUCUCUGGUGCCUAAGGGUCUUCUUCAUUUUAUUUCUUCAGUGAGUCGAUUCUGAGCCAAAAGAGUCCACUUCACCACCAAAGGCUGCGUUAUUAGAGUGUCUUUACCGGGUCUUUGUCUGCCGCUCAGGAGAAUAUUGACAUCUUAUGGAUGGAACAGACUGUGUAACCCUGACGCAGUUGCGGUUUUUAUUUCUGUGUCUCGGUCUAGUCUGUGCAUUGAGUGAAACAAAAGAUGUGAUUUUCAAAGACCUGCAAGCAUCGAUGCCUUGCGAGUAUAGCACUGUUUUAGAUUUAGAGGGAACACUGCAACACGAACAACAGGAAGCUUGUCUGUCUGAACCUAGUGCCCACUUGUGCUGUCAGAAACUAUCAGAGCUACUAUAAUCGGCCAAUUCAUCCUUCACCUUAGACACCUGCCAACAAUACUUGGCAAACAGAUUUUUCAACGCUAACCCCUCGCUGAAAGUUGACUUGUUUUCAAAGUCAGAAUCGUGGACUUUCAACUGGCCUCAAACGGUGGACACUUUUAUCACCUAACACCAACCAGAGAGUCCAUUUACAUUAUGUUAGGCCUAUUAGAAGGCCUGAAUGGAAAUCAAAUAACUUUCCUCUCAGCUAACAAGUGAUUUACCGUAUCAAGCCAGGUGUGACUGGAACAAAUCCUACCACAGAGAGCCAUUACGAUGAGUCUAUGCAUGCAUGUUAACAAGAUUUUUAUCGAUUCUUGUUGCAUCUAUUGCUACUUCACACUGGCAUUUGACUGCACGCAUAAAGGGCAAUAGCCAGUAAGGUUCAUUUGAUAGGCUUAUGCACAGAAUAGGCUUUCCAUCAUUUCGAUGCUUUUCCUAUAACGCAGAUCUAUCUGUGCCCUUUAUUUUGGUGCUUGGUUUGAGCACUUACAUGAAAAUAUAUGUCAUCCUAAACCCCCGCACAUGUGUUUACAGCGUGAGUAAUGUGUGCUACUAAGCCCACACUAAGCAACGGCUUUAAAGUUGACUUUCACUUUGCUUUAUCAUGAUGAGGCAAAAAUCCCCCCAGCCUCCAACUUCUACACAUCACACUGAAACAAAUAAUAAUGACUCAACAAAAUGAAUAUUUGCUACCGACCGCCCAGAAGCAAGAGGGAAGCAGCGAGAGCUAAGAAACCACUAUACCAGCAUCUAAAUUUAAGUUGGACCAGGGUUUGGGCCUCCCAUGUGUGUUCGUAAAAAGGUUUAACUCUCUCCCUUAACGCCUGACCUUCAUCCUGCUUGGCUCUCGCUCUUCUAUCUUUCAUCCUGCGCUCUCACUGUCCCUAAGGAUUCGUAACACAGCUUAGUACUGGCUCUGACAAAGCUACUGCAUUUACCUCAAGCCAGGCUUGCCUUGUACACAUAAAGGUAUUGAGAUUCUGAUUUGGACCCAGCAAGUCAAUUUCAUCAUUAUUUAGGCCUCACUUUUUAAUAAUCUAAUGUUUUUACCAGGAGACUUCUGUCAGAUCUGUUCUGCUCGUGUUAUAAAACAACACUGUGGUUGAUCUCAUGUGCGUUUCCUUGUAUCUUCCCCCUUAAACUGCAGCUUUCACAGCUUCUUUUCCCUGAUAACAUCACUUUCAGCCCGACUGAGGAGCCUUAAUAGUGUUGCAUCUGCAUUAUCCCACUGUAUUCGGAAAGCUUCACUUUGUGGGUGUAAUGCCUUAAUUUGCAGGUUAAUUAGCAGAGCAUUAGAGUAAACAGGAGUUAAAUCAGCAGUGUGGAGUAACAGGGAGCUGGGAGGGCAAAGACCCGCAUGGGGUCUACUGUCAGGGUGCUUAUUGUUGACAUUAAUUGUUUGAGCAGAAGAGGAAAAGGACCUGCUUCAGGCACAACAAAGAAACUCAGCUGACUGGUUUAUCAUGGUUAGUGUUUGACUUUGGUUGAUGAUCACAGUGAUGAUAUCCAGGAAGUGUCCAGGAAGAAAUAAGUUACAUGAAGGUUGUGUUUUUUUAACAACAGUAAUCACCUGGCAUGUUGUACAAGACUCGAAAUAAAUAGAAGGUUUCUAGUCGUGGUAAUAAUGUCAACAAAUCCUGCUAUAAUAUAACACACCUCUAGCAUCGGCUCCUAAAGGCCUGAAUUACUCAGCAUUUUCCAGAGUACUCUUCAGUAAGGCUUUUUAAAGAAAUAUCCUUGGCUAUAUUUUAUCUUUCUCGAAAGUAGAUGCCAGAGAAUGACAUCUGGCUCCUUUGUAUUCUACUUUUGUUCAGUAAAGGUCAGCAACAUAAAUUCCCAGGUGAGACGCCACAAUGCUGACAUCAGUGUCUGGUCUGUGCUGACUUGGUGGAGCGUUUACUGACCAAGGUCUGCACCAGCAUGUUUUGUUUGACCCUUUCAGUCUGAGACAAACACAUCAGCUAAGAGGAGUGUUUUUUUAAGUUAUAUUUUGGGGGCGUGUUUGCAUUUAGGACAGCUGAGAAGAGACAGGGGAGAAGAGAGCGGGGAAGACAUGCAGCAAAGGGUCAAAACCAGCGGGUCCUAUAGCUUACAUACAUGGGGUUCUCAAACCUAUAGGCUAUCAGCGCCCCAGAGGGGUUUAAAGUAGAAUGAGACAGGUUUCCAAUUUGCACUAGCAGCAGGAGGGGAUGCUGUUGUGUCAGACAAACUGUUGACUGUAUUUGAAUAUGAACCCUGUGCCUCCAUCUUCUCCCAUUCUGGGAUGUGUAGCCACACUACCACCCUGACAGCCAGUGGCAUACUGUGCUGGUGGAGCUGCUAAACUGACAUCCCAUCCUUUCUGCAAACCCAAACAUGCACCUAACAGCAAAGAUCCCUCAGACAGUUUCAGCACAACUGUUUGGGAAGAUGCUCUGUCCUCAGUUUUCAAGUUAUUGGUCCAAACAGGAUUUCAAGACUCCAUUAAUUGGUAAAAAGUGCAGAAAUCGAUGCAAACAGAUAUAAAUAAUAAUACAAUAACAAUAAGUUACAAUGCUAAUUAUAAAACAGACUUGCUAAAGGUGUCAGAGCUCAGCAUAUCUGCAUUUCAAGGCUGUAUAUUUUACUCGUAAUGAUUUUAAUGAGGGGUGCUGGUUUGGCCUGGAAGUUCAGUCAUGCCCCAUAAACAGAGGCUUUAGUCCUCAAGGGCAGGCCAGGCUCCAUUUCGACCUUCGGCCUCUUUCGUGCCUUUCUCCCUUCCUCUACUCUGUCUCCUGUUUUCUGCUUCAUCCAGUGUUCUCUUUGCUCUGGAUAAAGGCAUUGACACUCAGACAAUUCUUUAAACUUGAUCUGGAGUUUUAAUUUAUUUAUCUCUUUAAGUUUAAAUCGAGAUAAGUUUAGUGGCAUCAUCGACUGAACAGUUUAAGGGUAAUGAGAGUUCAAUUCCAACCUGCAGCCUCUUCCCUGCAUGUCAAUCCCGCUCUCUCCAAAGUUUUCUGCUCUUUUCUCUGCCCCAUCCUUUCUGAUUAAGUCAUAAAAAAGUAGUAAAUCCAGGUUGAAGAUUUUCAAAAUAUGAGUUUUUCCAAGAAGUAAUUCCGCAUGUAUCCAAAAUGGUCAUGCUGGAUAAGCCAAGGAUAAGGGCGUAAGGCUAUUUAUGCAGAAUCGGUUUGUCAUUUAAUACUGUCUUAUAUAAUAUUAUUUAAUACUAUACCAUACUGAUAUAUUGUAUUGUGGAGAUUUAUUACAUUUUGUUCCAAAAUAGUUGUCUGAUAGUAAGUUGUCUUUCUUUCUUCUGAAAGGGUAUAAAAUUUGAAGCAAUCGAGGCUAAAGAUGAUUAUUUUCGUUAAUCAGCCACUUGUAAUUAGGAAGAGGUUAUAAGGACAAAAGUAAGCAGGGGGUCUGGUUAGUCUGGUCUGGAGGUGAAGAAUGUACAUCUGUUUCCAGUGGGUGAUGUUUUAAGUUGGCCUGAAGUUACGGUUGGAAAACAAGUCUGGAUCAAGAGUCGAGGAAAAGAUGCAGAUUGAAUGAAUGAAUUACCUUCUAGUUAUUUCCUAGAGUGAUUCAAUCUACAAAUGCCCCACUGUUGGAGUGGUGUGUGGAGGCGAGACAGGAGAGUCCACACAGCCCAAUUAUGAGAUUAUUCUCUCCUGUCGCCCCCUCUCUAAGCUGAUGAGUGGAGAUGGAUGUUCCAUGCUCCGCUGCUCCUGCCUUUGUUUCCACUCCAUAGAGUCCAGUCGUGUUUUGCAUUGCUCCCAAAUUCUGCGUUCUUGCAUUUUACUCACUCUCGUGUUCAGACCCCAGAGCGUGCACAGAAAACACAUUGUUGCUCUGCCAAGUGGGCGUCUCCAAGCAUGACGCAAAGUCUAUAUUCACUCUAAUUCUACAAAGCCCUCAUUCAGCUGUGUUUUGACAUUUUUUUCAUUGGCCUCAGUGUGCGCUUUGGGUUGCACGCAUUUGAUACAUUGUACUCACAGGGAUGGGAUAAUGCAUAUAAUCUCUGUAGCUCUGCAGCUCUGCAGCAACCCCACAGGGAAAUGUGAAAUUAAUCAAAAUAUUUGAUGUAAAACUAUAAAGCAAGUCUUUCCAUUGAAGCCAAACUAGCAAAUUCAAAUAUUAAAGUAAACUCGACUUUAUUCAAAUUGCACAUUCCCAACAGAAACUCACCAGCAAAUAAAUGAUACUGCUGAAAGCUCAUGUGUAUUUCCUACAGUGUAACCUUACUCGGGUUACAAAUGGAUCCAUCUAUUUGCAAAGAGGAGAGGAGGUUCUAUAGGCAGUGUUUGAAAUAUUUAGUGCUGCAUAUCUUCUGGAAAGCAGUUAGGUGUGUAUGAGCGUGUGUGUGUGUGUUCAUGGGCUGAUGUGUUUCCAUGGCAACAUAUAUGGUAGUAAGCGACACAGGCAGUUCCCUGUGCGAGUGUGUGAUCCUGCGGAUACACGACUGUAAGUGGUGUCUGUGGAAUAAUUACUUAGGAACCGCAGGAGUGUGAAAGCUUUAUAAGAAAGAGAAGAAAAAUAAGGAUAUUCUGACAGCCGAAUAAAAGCCUGACAUAGAUAGAGGAUUUAAAGUAUGAUGGUUUGGUUCCCUAGUUAUUUAUGAGUAUCUCACAGCAAUGAUGUUGAACUAGUAAAGCUUAGAAAAAUGAUGAUUAAAAAAGGAUGUAGUGUCCAAAAAUAGUUCGUUCUCAAGGGGCUCCUCCAGUACAUUAAUGUCAUGUAAUUCAUAUUUGAUAGCCGUAUUAAGUUUGCAUUAUUUAGCCCAUAUCAUAUCAAUAUAUCUUUCCUACCACACAGGGAGUAAAGCCCAAGAUGGCAGCCUUACCGAAGAGGAGCUCCCCGUCCCCCAGAACAUCAAGAUCAGCAACAUCACCUGCGAUUCUUUCAAGAUCUGCUGGGACAUGGAGGCCCGCAGCAAGGAGCGCAUCACACACUACUUCAUUGACCUGAACAAGAAGGAAAACAAAAACUCCAACAAGUUCAAACACAAGGUAAAACACUCGGAUUAGCGCAGACGCACGCUGAGGUGACACUAUGAAGAGAGAUGACUCACUAAAAGACCUGACACUGAAUUCAAUGUGCUGCAUUUAUAAAUAAGGACUAAAUGUGUCAGCGAUGAGAGGUUUAUGUUUGUGAUUCAGUGAGUGAGGACACUGAAUAAACAGAAUGUAAUAGCCUGUAAUAGCCCAGAAUAGGCAAUGUGCAGAUAUACAUCUUCAGGCACAGUUUCAAUAGAGGGUUUUUCUGUUUGUUCCACCUCCUGCAAAAAAAAUCUCAAAAGCUAUCUUUUGCAAAAUGCUGUUAGUGGCCAUCUAGGUACUAACUUAGGAUGGAUAGUUAUUUAAAAUUGUAAGACAGUGAGCUAAAGGGAAUAUUUUAACAAUACGUGAACUAUACUGGAAUUACUUAGUUGAUUACUUAGGUCACUCAAAGCUCCUGUGAGGAACUUGCAGGUUAGGUUACUUUUUGGCACAGUAUCUUUUGGGAUACUUUCUAACUUAGCACUGGUCUUGUCCUGUACACGUCCUGUAUAUGUAUCUCCUAACUCUGUGGUUCUCAAGUCCAGUCCUCGAGGCCCACUGUCCUGCAUGUUUUGUAUGUUUCCCUGCUCCAACACACCUGAUUCAAAUGAUCAGCUCGUUAUCAAGCUCUGUACUGGCUUAAUAACAAGCUGAUCAUUUGAAUCAGGUGUGUUGGAGCAGGGAAACAUCCAAAACAUGCAGGACAGGGGGGCCUCAAGGACUGGACUUGAGAACCACUGUCCUAAAUUAAUCUUGAUCUGUUUCCGUCAAAAAAUAAAGUAAAACAUUUACUUUUGUGGAAAUUGUCAACAAAUGCAGUUACUUUGUUGACACAGCAUCCAAAAUUAAGACAAAGAGAUAAUUAGUCUUGUCCAUGAUAGCCUUGUGGCCUGUUUUGGUUAUGUGGAGACAUGUGUACUAAUUUCAGUUUGCUUCAUAAUCAGCUAAAUAUGUUGAUCAGAGUGUUUGACACUUGCUUUUAAAACUAAAACAUAAAACACUGGUAUCGCACAUUUCACCCAAAUACAACCUUUCCUCUCAAUCAUGAAGCAAAAAGACUCAAACAGACUAAAAUCACCCACAAGGCUUUUUCUCUCUGGGAGUUAUCACCCUUAUAGCAGCAGAAGCAGCAGCAGGGAGAAUGUUUCACUCUUUCAGAGGAGAGUCCAUGAUCUGUUUUGGUAAUCUUACAGGCCUGUUUCAUCAGCCUCCUUCGUUUCCACCUACAUACACUUCCUGGGUGAUGCUUGGCGGAGAGUUUCCUCUCUUCUGGCUCUGUUAUAGCGGGGCGACCUCGUGCUUGUAUUUUGAUUUUGGUGUGCAGCAACAGUGGAUUAAUGGGCUGACUCUGUUGCUAGGCAGGGGCUCCUGGUCCAAUCAAUGAGCUGCUGAAGCCCACUAGGCUUGGAGAGGGGUGAAUAGUGAACAGAAUAUCGUACUUACAUAUCAAAAGGGCAGCCACAGGUGAAAACUGCUGUCUGACACUCAGAAUAUGUCAAAUACAAGCCUGCAUGUUUGAUUUCACAGGCAUGCAUCUGCAAAUCUCAGCAUGUGGGGGAGUAUAUUUUUAGACUCAUUCUUUCCUGUCUUUUUUCUGUCUUCUAGGAUGUCCCCACUAAACUAGUGGCCAAAGCCGUCCCCCUGCCCAUGACAGUGCGGGGUCACUGGUUCCUGAGCCCCCGCACAGAGUACACCGUGGCCGUUCAGACCGCAUCAAAACAGACUGAUGGGGACUACGCCAUCUCUGAGUGGAGCGAGAUUGUUGAGUUCUGCACUGCUGGUGAGUAAUACACAACAGGCAGUGCCCAGAGUACAUACAUUUUAGUAUGUCUGACUUGACUCAUGAUUUCUGCCUGUACUUGACUACUAGUACUAACACAGAGAAAUAUAAAAGAAAUAGUUUGAGUAUGAGGGAGGAUCUUAAAAGAAAGCUAAUUUAUAUCAAGGGAAUGGAGAGGUGGAGGGCGGGAUGAUGAGGGAUUAAAAGAGGGAGAGGCAUGGCUGUAUAUCUUCUGAUGCAGAGGUCAGCAAGUUCAACAGAGCUGGUUGGAGGCUUUAUGUGGGGGAGGGGAGAAGGGUGAGGAAAUGAUGGCAAGAGACUGGAGGGUAAUUCAUUGGUUAGUUUUAUGUGUGUGUGUGUGUUUGGGGGCUGGGGGGUAAAGCGAUGACAAGCAGCAGAGGGAAGACCAGAGUCCAGAGUCAUGAGAGGGGAUGAUGUAGUGAGAGAAAGUGAUGCUAAAAUGCAGUAUUACUGUGCUAAUAGCUAGCAUAUGAUCAAGAUCACAAUCACAAUGCUGACACACUAAUGUAAACAGUUACAAUGUUCGGUUUAAUUUUCUGAUUUAACAUCGUCAUAAAGAAAAAUAAACUGGGACAGAGGCAUGUCUAGACUUUGGUCUAGUGCGCCUCUAUUGGGGCACUAUGCACACACAAAAAAGAAGCAUUUAUUUAGUCCCUCUGUGUCUAAAGAAACAUAUUGACUUAAACUACUUUAUGUUCCAGAUUUCAUGGCACUUUCUCCACAAACCUCAUGAGAGUGUGUUUUCAUGUUCUCAGGGUUCUGUUUCCCAAGCUCAAAAUCCUCUUUCUGACACAUUUUUAGGAAACAUUUGUAAUUCCGUCACGCUAUCAGCAAUGUUUUCCCUGGGUCACCAUGUGUAAAUCACUUACCCUGCAGCUUGCAGCCUUCUGAUAUUACAGUCUGUGAAAUUAAGCUCUCAAAUUUACAAGCAAGAUGUUUCCUGACAUUUAGCACUGUUAUUUUCCACAGCAGAUGAGCAGCUUUAAUGACUAAAACUGUCUUUUAAACACCUAUAUCUCAGCCUUUUUUUUUUCACUGAUUGGGCUGUAAAGAUAUUCUUGACCGUGUCCUUAUAAUACUGAAACACAAACAUACACUCUAAAAACUACUGGGUUAUUUCUUCAACCCAAUUCCUGGGUUAUACUGUUCGUGUUGAGUUAAAUUUCUGGGUUAUUUUUCAGAUCCAUACCCAUUUCUUGGGUCAUAUGGAUUCUAUUGUAACCCAAUUUAAGGGUUUAUUGAAUGGGUUAAUAAUUAUGGGUUAUUUUUCUGAGAGAAACCCAAUAAUUGGGUCAGAAUGUUGGGUUCUACGUGGUUUCUAGGCCUAAUGGCAAUUGGCUUUUAUUGACCCUAUUUUCACAUGUACUUUAAACUAACUGAUUCCCACCAAUCAGUUAGAUAAAAGUACAUGGGAAUAUAGGGUACAGGUUGUAUAAGAAAAGCUCCCAAAAAAGCUCCCCAAAUGCAUAUAUCAAUUUAACCCAAGAUCAUGAGUCAAAUUAACUCAAAGAUUGGGUUAACUUGAUCCUUAAAACGAGUUAUUGAGUCAACCCAAAAUUUGGGUUAAUUUAAAUAACCCAACAUUCUGGGUCAAAAUAACCCAAUAUGUAGUUGGCCCCUUUUCAACCCUGGUGUUGGGUUUAAAAAACCUAAUUUGGGUUGUUUUUAACCCAGGGGAUUUUAGAGUGUUUGAAAAUCCCCACUCUUCAGGGUAUCCUUCCAUCCUGUUGGUUUGCACAAGACACUUUUUAAAAAGAGAGAGAUGAGCUUUUGUGAAAUCACAAUGUGCUGAUUACCCGUUACCUGAACAAGUCUUAAAAAAGGCCAAAUGUUGGCACAGACAAAAUGUUCAUGUUCAAAGUAAAUAUUGCUGGAUGCUCUAAUAUAACCUUUGCUUUCCAGUAAUGUUAGUAGCCUUCUGAACUUUGUCAAAAAUAUCCAAAUAAACACCAUGAUGUUUCAUUUUUGUCUGAGUUACUCUCUCUGUGCAUGAAAAAAGGAGAAUUUCUAUAGCUGUCCUUGUCAGCGCUGAAGUGCUUUUAAAGAAAAAUGUCAUGAGAAGAGUCUUCAUCAUCAUAAAAUUUAUGCUUUGGAUAAAAUCCACUCCCAUUUGGCAGACCUGCUCACACAGUGGUAAGAGCAGAGUUUAUUAUAGUACUUAGUAAAAAUAGUGAAAGGCUUUUUAUAUCCACUGCUGAGUCAUUUCAAGUCAUAAAUAUAAAGAGGUUAAAGAUGGGCGUAUCUCAGGGUCAUCAUACUCAGUUUAUUUCACAUCCCUGCCACAGAGCUUCCCGCUGUUCAUGAUUACAUAUCUGCUAAUUAUAUUUUUCAUUGGUUUCUGAUCCUCACCAUAGCAGCACAUUAGAUUUCACUGCAUGUGUUUGUGUCUGUUCUGCAGAUUAUUCUACAGUGCAUCUAAACCAGCUGUUGGAAAAAGCGGAGGUCAUUGCAGGUCGGAUGCUGCCUUUCUCCGUCUUCUACAGGAAUCAGAAUAAAGAGUACUUUGACCACGCCAGGUAGACAACCAAGUCUAUUAUUGUACUAACUGAACAUUAUGUUGUUUGUUAUGACUUAAUGUGGCCACUUUCAUUCUAGUCAGCCUGUAAAUGGAUGUUAUUGAGAAGUGUUUUUCUGAACUGGGCCGUGUCUUUACCUUUAAAUAUCUCUCUUCCUGAAACAUGUUUAGCAAUAUGAAAUUUUGGUCACACUGAAAUCCAUACCGCAGUAUUUCUCCUUAAAAAACCUCCCAAAGACAUUGCCAGCUCUACCAAAAAGCAAUUUAAAGAGUCAUAGAUUGGUUGCUGCAGUCUUACCCUCAGUGCACAUUUAAAUGACAGGAAUGAAAUGUAAUGCCAGUUUGUGUCUUUGCCUUGUAGUUCCUCUCCAAUGUGCCUAAGUUUGUAACCCUGCCAGAGGAGAACAAACAGUCGUCAAGGAGAAAGAAGAGAAAAGACAAACGCUUGUGGCAGGAAAAGCUGUGCAAGUCUGUUUUGAUGACUAAGUAGAGUGUGACGGACAGAGACGAGGAAUAUCUGUGGAGUCGCCUUUUGUGCAGUCAGAUCCUUAACUGGAUUCAUGUGACUCACUUUUUUCCACUUUCCUGUUCAGGCCCCCUCCUCUUAUCUCCUGUCUUUGCACUCCUGUGGAGAAAAUGCUCUACGCCUCAGAAAACACAGUUUCUGCACCAGAGUCACAGCUUGUGCGCUCUCUUUGGUCAAGCUUUGCAGCAUGACGUCAUGUUAAUAGACUUCUCUCUUCUGCUGAGUUACAUCUGCUAUAGUGUUUGGACAGUGUUACAGUUGAACUGCUCCACCAUGUGGGGAGAAACAGAACUGAAGUAAACACUUCACCGACCUGAGGUGGGAGCAGAAGAACUCCAUAAUGACCACAACAAAGCAUCAAUUAUGAUAUAAUGACAACCUCAGGACUGAUAGAUGCAUAAUCACAGUUUGUAAUAAGAGUUCCAGCGCUUAGAUUUACCGUACUCUUCGGGGUAGGUGUGAGGUUGCCGCAGCAUUCAUAGCUUUAAAAUUUCUUCUGUUGAUUUGUUCUGUGAGAAUAGAUUUUCUUAACAAAGGUCAAUAAAUAUUUAAGCAUCAGUGAGACAAACUGUUCUUGGCUAAUGCAAUUACAGAAACAAUGAACCAACACGGCACCGUUCUGAGAGUUCACUCUGUUCGUUGGAUUACGAGACCACUGCAUAUUUCAUCCGUUUUUUUUCCCCCAUGUGUUACACUGUCUCUAACCCUGUUUAUCAUUUUGUAAUCAAACUUGAUCGAGUGAUGCCAUCGCCAUCUGCCAUUCCCAAAACAAAACCAUGGCUUUGAUUUAUUAAGGGGAAGCACAAAAACCACAGAUCAAAACAAAGUGCAGAUUUGUUACUGAUGUGGCCUAAACUGAACCGUCUUUUUUUCUGGUUGUUCAAAGUCAGUUUCUUUUCCUCUUUUCCCCAAACUCCAGGGAGGCACAGGAGAACCGGAUGCUGCCCUCAGUGAAAGACAACAGCGGCAGCCACGGUUCACCUAUCAGUGGCAAGCUGGAGGGCAUUUUCUUCAGCUGCAACACAGAGUUCAACACCGGCAAGCCCCCGCAGGACUCCCCUUACGGCCGACAACGCUUUGAGGUGCAAGCUGACGUGCUCUUCAACCCCAACACCAACUUGUACUUUGGAGACUUCUACUGCAUGUACACAGCCUACCACUAUGUUAUUCUGGUGCUGGCGCCAAAGGGCUCCAGGGGAGACGACUUCUGUAAGCAGAGGCUUCCUUUGCUCGACAUCACCAACAACCGUUUCCUUACCUGCAAGCAGGUUGAAGAAGGUGAAGGUCUAUUAUUCCACCACGCGCAGGAUGUCAUCUUGGAGGUGAUCUACACAGAGCCUGUGGACCUGGCGCUGGGCACUGUGGCGGAGAUCAGUGGGCACCAGCUGAUGAGUCUGUCCACGGUAAAUGCCAAGAAGGACCCCAGCUGCAAGACCUGCAACAUCAGUGUGGGACGCUAAAAAAAAUAAGCAGAAUGUAAAGGAAAGAGGAGGAGGAGGGAAGGAGUUGAGGUGACUGACCUCUAAACACGUACAGGAAGUCCACAUGUACUGAUGAAGCAGACCAACACAUGCAUGAAGCAGCAGAUUUAGUAGGCUCACAAACAUAUCUCAGACACUGCUCUGUUCUCUAAAGAGACCAUCAUUCCCAAAGAAGAGCGGAGGGGAAAAGAAGUAGUUCACACGCUGACACCUGCACUGUUGUCUCUCAAAAGGGUUAAUUAAAAAAAACGACAAACAUGAAACUGAGCAAUCGAAACCUGGGACGACACAGAUUCAUCCAUACAUCCUUCAAAUCAACACUGGCAUACUGACCAAACCCUUUAACUCUACUAACCAACACGGGCUGCUUCUACUCAGUUUCCUGGUGUUUCUUUUAACCAGUUGUCUCAUAUUUUGUUCUUGACCUUUGCCUUGUUCUUAUUGAUAUGCUCUUGAUAUUGAGUCCACAGCCUGUGUGGACAAACAUUCUCUUGUUUCUAAUUACUUUGACUGUCAUUAUAAAAAAAACAUUUUACUCUCAUUCUACAGUAGACAAUGUCAGACUUUUGUUUACCUCCACCUAGUGGCACAGACUGGUAAAACAAUUGUAUAGGGCUGCAGCAUUCAGAGUCAUCUGUCUUUUAAACCAAAGGUAUUAAAAACAAGAAGUGAAACUGCUGUGGAAUUUACGCAGUACUAAUGCAACAGCCUCUAAAACGUGGAUUCACUAUGAGUCUUUGAUGACCGAGUGUGAACUAUUUGUGAACUUGUUAACCUUUAAAGAAUAAGCAUGAUGCAGUUCUGUGCAGCAUGAUUAUGGAAGCUGUCAGUACCUCUACCAUGGAGACUUUUUCUGCAUUAGUUCCUCUUCUUUCGUUGUAGUGAGCGGAGAGGAGGAAGGUAAAACCAGAAACUGUGUUUAGCAGAAUAAAUGUGAAAAAAUAUUUAUUUUUAUUGAUACAUUCAUAUAUAUGUAUAUGUCUAUAUAUAGAGAGAGAACUAUAUGAACCGGAAGUGCACAAUGUCAAAAGCAUUGUCAACAACUGCAUUUAGAGGGAAAUUGACUUCAUACAGGAAAAAUUGGGGGAUAAACACAAAUCUGACAGCAGGUAUAACUUGCACUACGAUGCCAGUGUUCACCCUCAUUCACAUAUUUUCAACGGUGAGCAUGUACACUGAAUGAUUCAGAUAAAACUCUUGAUGCAUAUCAUAGCACAAUGUAGGACUAAAAAACUGAAAUGCACAAUAACACGUGAUUGUUGCAUUGGUUGCAUUUAAGCCUACUCCUUUUUUUGCCAAGAUAGCACUUUUGAAAAAUGCAGUUUCCACAUCAACUAGGGACAGUGUUGUCCAAAACUAGUACUUUGGCACAGGACAAAAAAAGGAAGCGACAAAGUGCCAUGACAUACAUACAUACAUACAUACAUACAGAGAUCUUAAAAAACUAACAUGUUACUAACAUUACAUUAAUGCAGCUGUCUAUCUUUCACAUAAACAAGUGCUACAUGAAAAAAACACUUGCUACAUCAGGUUUAUGAUAGAAAAAAGAAACCGUCAAUGAUAAGGGAUGUGUUGUAGGAACUUUAAAAAAAAUACAGUCUAAUAGCAUUUGAUUAUCACCAAUAACUUCUUCUUUUUCCUCAUCUAAAGUGCAUCAACAUUACGAGCAUGGCAUGAAACAAGACCAGACCUGAGAGGCCUCAUUUUUUUUCAGAAUAGAUUGAUUCCUGUUAAGAAAGAGAAAAAUCCCACUGUGAGUUCAUUCAACUGCUCUUCGCUGAGUCCUGUUGUUUACUGAGCAGGGCCUCUAGCAGGCGGAGUUUCGCUUUGAGGUUCUUAUACUGGCAGUACUCCUCCGCCAUUGGGCCUCGGUCCUCCUUCUGACAGAUCCUGUCGACAAAACAUGGAGGGUAAAAAAAAAAAAAAAAACAGAUGCACACACAACAGUCAAACUUCAAUAGAUCCAAACAACCUGCAGCAGCUUCCAUAACUGGUUGAUAGUCCCUAUGUUGCCUUACUCCGAUAGCUUUGUACAGUGUGUAUUGUAAUCAGAAACUUAACUGUAUUACUUUGGAGGACUAACAUGUACAGUACAAAAGGUCGUGUACAGUUCAGAGCAAACGUCUAUCUCUCUGUCUCUUUCCUGAGCUCUCUGUGCUGUAUUAACGUUAAGUGAGUGUGCAUUACACUGUCGUAGCAUUACGAUGGAAUUUCUUUUGUGGAUGUUUUUUUCUUUGUUUUUCACAAGGCAUUGUUAAAAAACCAAAUGUUCAAGUUUAUUAAGAGAAAAAAAUAAUAAAUCCUAAAGUCAAGA